GUCAUUAGCAUUUAGCUGUAGAGAAAAAAAACCAACGCGCUUCGCUUCUCUUUUGGAAUUUAUGGUACUGUAACAAGGCUCCCUUUUGUGUUUCACAUCGGAAAACUUUAAAAUUUUCGGAUACAAUCAUGUCAACAAUGCGCUAAUUGCUUUAAUAAUAGCAAUAACACCUGAUUAAAGUUAUUUUAUGUGAAGAACAGUUCUUUAACGGAUCAAUAUCCAAGUCUAUAAAAUGUCUCCAUAGCGUCAAUGCAAAUGGAGACAAAGUCUGUCGUAGGAAUUAAUGACCAUUGGAUGAAAAGUAUGAUGGAGCCGGCCGGCAGCGACAAACAAAUACAGAACGACAAUAGAAAUUCUGUGAAGCGCGAAAAAAUGGCAGAAGCUUACAACGGUCAAGACAACAAUAUAACGUACGAGUUAAAACAACAACAAGGCGAAGGGAGGUAUCGUUGUGACGUGUGUGACCUCACCUUUGAGGGUAUGGAGUUCUUAAUGUUGCAUAAAAAAUUUCACGGAAACGACAAAGACGCGCCGGUGAUGGAACCCGAGCCGGUAGUCGUUAAAGAGGGCCCGAAGAAGCGGAGGAAGUUCAAAUGCGAUCAGUGUGACGUCAAGGUCAACUCACAAUACCAUCUCGACAUACACCACAGCAAGCACGAAGGUAACGCCUCCAAGAAAUAUAUAUGCCAAGUCUGUGACCGGAGCUUCGUUGCGGCCCAGUUCCUGAAGAGCCACAUGCAAUCCCACUCGCUAACAAGCACGAUAAACUGCGAAAUAUGUAACAAGAGCUUCACCGGACAAGCAUAUCUCAAACUGCAUAUGCAACUACACAAUGACAUCAAGAAAUUUAAAUGUUCGAAAUGCGACGAAAUGUUCCCAACCAAGAACUGCCUUAAAAUCCAUAUGAAAAAGCAUACAAAGGUCAAAAAUUUCAAAUGCGACUGCUGCCAUAAGCUGUUUGUAUCAAAGAUUACUAUGGAGAAGCAUCGUCAGAGCCACGAGGGGCAACCCAUGGACUGUCAUGUGAAAUGUACUCAAUGCGACAGGACUAUGCAUUCAUCGUUACUAAGAACCCAUAUCGCUAGAGCUCAUCCGUCAAGCCACGACGAUGAUGUCAAGAGACCAUACAAGUGCUCGACCUGCGGCAAGAGUUUUAUCGUAAAAAUUAAUCUAAAUCUACACAUACGGAUGUGUCAUCCCGACCUCGCCGAGCCAGAGGAUGAGGACGAUGAUGUCAUGACAGACAAUUCCUAACUAUAAGAUUAGUUAAUCAACUAUGAUGUAUUAUUAACGAAUAAUUAUACUUUUUUAUUCUAACAAUAA